CGCAGCCUUAUGUGAAAACAAAAUAUAGGUAUUUAUCACAAUUUGUAAAUUGACUUUCACACAUUUAUUUUCAUUAUAAUUGCAUAUUUACUGAUAUUUAUUAUUUACUAUAGGAAAAAGAGAGAGAGAGAGAAAGAUAUAUACCUAUAGGUAUAAAAAGAGAAAGAGUGAGGUCAAUAGGUAUUAGGUACCUCCUCCUACAGGUACAUUUUACCCAUACCCAUAACAUUUUUUUAAAAAAUUAAAUACAAAAAAGACGCCUGGCUCAAUAAAAAAAAAGUUGCAUUCAACUUAUUAGUGAGAGAGUGAUUUUGACAUAAUAUUAAGUCAAUUGUUGAAAACUUGAUCAAUUUAAAGACAAUAAAAUUAAACAUUAAAUUAUCAUUUGUUAAUGGUGCUUUUACAUACAUAUUGAAUUAGUUGCGCAAUUUGUUUUAUACAAGUGACGCUACAUACUCGUAAAUUUGAUUUAUUCCAUGACUUCUUUACCCAAUAAUAGGUUAGUGGAAAAUGACAGUAUUAGAAGCAGAAGAAGAAGUGGAUGAGCGUUCCGCUCCACCAAGAAAAAAAUUUCGUUUGUCAUCAAUACAAGGACGUCAACAUCAUAAUAUUGCCAGAAAUAAUUUACAGCAGCCCCCUCACUCCUCUAUACGAGGGGGCUUUUACGAAGGUCUAAAUACAAUUAAUUACAACGACAACAACAACAAAAUGUUGAAUGGACAUCGUAAUCAACAUCAUCACCAUCAUCUUCAUCAUCAUCAUCAUCAUCAUAAUCAUAAUCAUAAUCAUAAUCAUGAUAAUAAUCCAUAUGAUACAGUUGGUAAUUGUUCAGACAAUUUGAAAAUAGCAACACUUUGUAAUCUUGGUAAUACAUGCUUUUUAAAUAGUGUUAUAUAUACAUUACGUUUUGCACCGUCAUUUUUACAUAAUCUUCAUCAUCUUGCUGUUGAUUUAUCAAAUUUAAAUGAAAAACAACAACAUCAACAACAAUUUAAGUCAAAAUCAUCAAGUUUGGGACGUACAAAUGUAUCAUUAACAUCAAAUGGUAAUCGUAGUUGGAGUAAUAAAGAUUUAUCAGGAAUUGUUGAUAUAAAUAAACCAAGAAUACAAGUUGCUACUGAAAAACUUCAUGAUUUAUUUAGAGCACUUCGAGAAUCAGAAUCAAGUGAUCACAAUGAACCCUAUCAACCAGAUGCAUUCCUACAAGCACUCAGAGAUGUUAAUCCAAUAUUUGAAGGCAAUCAACAACAAGAUGCACAUGAAUUAUUAGUAUGUUUAUUGGAUAAUAUUAGAGAAACAUUUCAAUUAUUAGUACGUUACAGAGAAAGUGAAUUUGGUCAAAGUAAUAGUAAUGCUAAUGGUGGUGGAGUAAAUAUAGAACGAUUAUUAGAUAUGCAAUAUGAUAAUGCAAAUAAUGCAACUUCAAGUAAAUCAAAUAUACGUAAAAAAAAAUUAAAAAAAUAUGCAAUUGUUCGUGGUAAUAGUACAACAUCUAUAACACAAAAUAAUUAUAAUAAUAAACCAUUUGAAAAUGGUCAUUCUGAUUUUAUGACAAGUAGUAGUAAUAAUAAUAAUAAUGCUGGAAUAUUAUUUCAUCGUCCUGAAAGUAAAAAAUGUUUUAUUUCUGAGGAUUUUGAAGGUGUAAGUUUAUUACGUACAACUUGUCUUGAAUGUGAACAUGUUACAGAACGUAAAGAAACAUUUUGUGAUAUUUGUGUACCAAUUGAAACUGGUAAAUCAAAUGAAAAAGAUGAAAAUGGUAAAUUAAUUGAUAGUUCCGAAGUGUACAGAAAUUCAGUUGUUACCAGUGAACUUCUUUGUGGCAGAGACAAAUAUUGGUGUGCAAGUUGUUUGAGAUACAAUGAAGCUCGUCGAGCUGUUACAUUUCCUUCAUUACCAAGAUUACUUGUCUUACAACUUAAAAGAUUUUCAACUGCCGCUGGAUCAAUGGAAAAAAUAAAUCAUUAUAUGCCAACUCCAUUGACACUUGACUGUUUUUGUGAAGACUGUAGUAAAAAUGAUGAUGAUGAUGAUACUACUACCACUACUGCCACCACCAGUAGUAGCAGCAGCAGUAGCACUAGUAGCACGAGUAGUAGUAAUAAUAAUAAUAAUAAUAAUAAUAAUAAUAAUAAUUGUACACCAUCAACAUCAACAGGCAAUAGACAAAAAAAUUGUCGUCAUGUCUACAAAUUAUAUUCAAUAAUAAUGCAUCAAGGUGCAACAAUGACUGCUGGUCAUUAUAUUGCCUAUACCAAAGUACCAGAUGAUUCAAUGUACAAUGAGUAUGCAAUAUGUGAUCGUGAUUGUCAUGGAAAACAAAAUUUAUCACAGAAUAAUAAUAAUAAUAAUACUAAUAAUAAUAGUAGUAGUAGUAGCACCACUUCUUCAAAUAAUAAUUCAACAUCAUCAAGUAUAAGUAUACUUAAAUACUUUAAAAGUAAAUCAAACAUUAAUGAAAAUAAAGAGCAUCUUAUAAAAAUGGCAUGUAGAAGUUUAGAAUGUUGUAGUAUACGACGUGGUAAAAAUUUAAGCACUUGGCUUGAGUGUGAUGAUGAAGCUGUCAAGGCAAUACAAGAACAUGAAUUGCUUGAUAAAUUAUCACCAAAUUCUCGUAAUUCAGCAACACCCUAUCUUUUAUUUUACGUCAGAUCAUCAUCAUCAUCAUCAUCAUCAACAACAACGUAAAAUAUAAGCAUUCCUUGUCAAAUAAUAUUUCAUUUCAUUUUAUUUAACAUUUAUUUUUAUUAUUAUUAUUUAAAUAUCUUGUCAAUCUAUCUCAACAUCACAAAAGAGAAAAAAUAAAAUAAAUAAAU